AUGCGCUUCAAAGCCUGGCUUGCACCGUUGCUGCCCUUUGUGGCAGCUUAUUCUGUGCCUCGUGGUGCCGAAUCUGCUUGCCAGCUGCCUGAGAACCUGCCAACUCAGCCUACUGAUGUCAAGACCAUCACGACUGCCAACAACGUCACCAUUCGCUACAAAGAGCCUGGAAAGGAAGGCAUUUGUGAGACUACCCCGGGUGUCAACUCGUACGCGGGAUAUGUGGAUCUUUCACCCAAGUCUCACACUUUCUUCUGGUUCUUCGAGGCCCGACACGAGCCAGAGACAGCCCCCAUUACUCUUUGGCUCAAUGGUGGCCCCGGAAGUGACUCCCUGAUUGGACUUUUUCAAGAAUUGGGACCUUGCCACGUGAAUAAGAGCUUGGAGACCUAUCUGAACCCACAGUCGUGGAAUGAGGUCUCUAACAUGCUGUUCAUUUCCCAGCCUCUCGGCACAGGUUUCUCAUAUGCCGAGGAAGAACCUGGCUCCAUCAACCCGUACACAGGUGUGUUUGAGGAUGUCAAUUUCGCAGGAUACCAAGGCCGCUAUCCAGUCAUCAAUGCCACCCUGAUUGAUACUACCGAUCUCGCUGCCGUGGCUACUUGGGAAAUUCUGCAAGGGUUCCUUGGAGAACUACCCCAGCUGGACUCUAAGAUCAAAUCAAAGGAGUUUAAUCUCUGGACGGAGAGCUAUGGCGGACACUAUGGCCCGGCAUUCUAUGACUAUUUCUAUCACCAGAAUGAGAGAAUUGCCAACGGCUCGGUCGAAGGCGUUCACCUUGAGUUCAGUACUCUUGGUAUCAUCAAUGGAAUUAUCGAUGAGGCAAUCCAGGCUCCUUACUACCCCGAAUUUGCAGUUCACAACACCUAUGGUAUUGAAGCAGUCAACAACACCGUCUAUGAGUACAUGAAGUUCGCCAACGAGAUGUCAAACGGUUGCCAGGACCAGAUCACUCAAUGCAAGACUACUAACCGCACUUCCCUAGCGGACUACGCAAUCUGCGCCGCGGCAGGCGACAUAUGCCGCGACAGUGUCGAGAGCCCAUACUACAUGUAUAGCGGCCGCGGUACCUACGACAUCCGCCAUCCAAAGGCCGAUCCCACUCCACCCGAGUAUUACGUUAAAUAUCUCGCUAAGGAUUCCGUCAUGGAGGCCAUUGGUGUGGAUUUGAACUACACGGAGUCCAAUGACGACAUCUUCUACGCCUUCCAGGCCACCGGCGACUUCGUCUGGCCCAACUUCGUCGAGGACCUGGAGGACAUCCUUACCCGCCCUGUCCGUGUAGCUCUCAUCUACGGCGAUGCAGACUACAUCUGUAACUGGUUCGGAGGGCAGGCCGUCUCCCUUGCUGUCAACCACACCCAUAAGGCAGAGUUCCAAGCCGCCGGGUACACGCCGUUCAUGGUGGAUGGUGUUGAAUAUGGCGAGACGCGCGAGUAUUGUAACUUUUCUUUCACCCGUAUCUACGAGUCGGGCCAUGAGGUGCCGUACUAUCAGCCCAUUGCCGCGUUGCAGCUGUUUAAUCGCACUUUGAAUGGCUGGGAGUUGGCGACUGGUGAGAAGAAGUUGACUGAUCGCUUUGGCUCUGGUGGGCUUGCGGAGGCGACGCACACUGAGUCGUCGGUUGCGCUGCCUACUGCGACUGUGACUGCGACUGGGUCGCUGGUUUGA